CCACGCCCACAGGCUGUGAUCAUCAAACGUGCUCCUCUGUGCCGCCUUUUUUCUGCUAGUGACAAGUUUUACUUCACCUUUUUUUUCCUCUCACUUCGUCAUACGUUCUAUUUGUGCUUCAGCUGUUUUAAACAUCAGUGAAACACUUUGUCAUCAGUCAUGAGCACCGUCAGCAAUUCAAACUCAGUUUUCAUCUUGGACCUGUUCCACAUUCUGAGCCAGGCAAACCCUGGCAAGAACAUCUUAAUCUCCCCACUGAGCAUCAGCUCAGCUAUGGCCAUGGUCUUCUUGGGAGCCAAAGGAAAAACUGCAGAUCAGAUGAAACAGGCCCUCUCGUUCCACGGUAAAACAGACGUCCACCCAACCUUCCAGCAGCUAACUUCUGAUAUCAACGCUCCUUCAACAUCAUACAACCUGAAAAUGGCCAACCGGAUUUACGGAGAGAAAACCAGCAACUUUCUCCCAGAAUUUCUAGAAGCCACACGGAAGUUCUACCAGGCGGACAUGAAGCCGGUUGAUUUCAUUGGCGCUGCAGAGGAGUGCAGAGCGGAGAUCAACAGCUGGGUGGAGCAGCAGACAGAACAGAAGAUUAAAGAUCUAUUGAAGCCCGGAACAGUCCGCGGUGAUACCAGAUUGGCUCUGGUGAAUGCCGUGUACUUCAAGGGUAACUGGAAAAACCGCUUCAGUGAGGCGGAGACCAAAGAGAUGCCUUUCAAAAUUAACAAGAAUGUGACCAAGCCGGUUCAGAUGAUGUACCAGAUGAAGAAGCUGCCCUACAACUACAUCGAAGAUGACAAGCUGCAAAUCCUGGAGCUGCCAUAUGUAGAGGAAGAGCUCAGCAUGUUCAUCCUGCUGCCCGAGGAGUCCACUGACGGCUCAGACCCUCUGCUUAAGCUGGAGAAAGAACUAACUUUGGAGAAGCUGGAGGAGUGGACCAAGAGGGACAACAUGGACGUCCACUUAGAAGUUCUCGUUCACCUCCCCAAGUUCAAACUGGAGGACGAGUACGAGCUGAAUGAUCCACUGUCUCAGGUGGGCAUGAGCGACGUCUUUGGUUCUGGAGCUGACCUGUCUGGAAUGAAUGGUGCAGGGGGACUCUUCCUGUCAACGGUGGCCCAUAAGACCUUCAUGGAGGUGAAGGAGGAGGGGACGGAGGCAGCUGCAGCCACAGCGGGCAUCAUAGCGAUGUGCAUGUUAAGAGAGGAACAUUUCACAGCUGACCACCCCUUCCUGUUCUUCAUCCGGCACAAUAAGAGCAAAGCCAUCCUCUUCCUCGGCACGUUCUCCUCUCCGUAGGUGGAAGCAGCACAAGAAGAUUCAGAUUAAAGAAAAAUAAAUCAA